CUUUAUUCUCAAUCAGAAUCUUUUGCGCUCGUCGAAAACUGAGAGCAACUCUCUAUAAAUACACACCGAAAACAUAUCGACACAUAUAUAGCUGAAGAGAUUCAUGAAUAUAUCCAAAUGCAAAACACAAUCGCAGACAUGAGAGGCAACAUAAUGGUUGCAAUUUUAAUGUUAUAUUUGAAAAUUGAAGCAAAAUGUCCACAACUUCCAAAUUCUAUUCUGUCGAUGGAGUUGGAGUCUUGUAAAAGUCUAUAUUACCAAACUGACUACGUGAGAAAUCUCAAAUGUAACGGAAAUAGAUUUGAUAAAGAAUAUUUAAAAAUUCAAAUUAAAAAUUGUUCACGAUCAACUGCUCCCAAACCUUCCAGAGAAUGUGACUUCAGUUAUGAUUCUGAUAAAGCAACAGAAUGGACAACAAACAAGGAGGGUGCAGGAGCUUGGAUUAAAUUCUAUUUCGAUGCUGUCUACUCAAUAUCUAGAAUAUCUUUGUAUCAAAGGACUGGCUGUUGGGAGCAGAUAGAAAAUAUAACCGUUAAUACUGACGAUGGAAAAUUCAGAUUUAAAUUGACAAAAAACAACAAGACCGAUUACAAAGACACCAAUGUAUACAAUGACAUUUUAAAAUUAUCGCCUAAUGUAUUGACUAAUUACGUGGAAAUACAAGUGAACAGCGUGUAUCCUAAAUGUGAUAAUCGAAAAGACAAAGAAAAUGUUGGCCUGAGAGAAAUAGCGUUUCUUGGAUUCGCUCCAUCAAAAUGCUUUAUAAACCAAAGUGCAAUUGAGAAUUCUGUGAACGACAUACUAAUUAAUUGUACAGGGGAAAAAGGAAUUCUAAGACAGAUGAAGAAUGGAGAUGUAAAAUUCAAUUUGUGUGACCAACCAGCGGAAAUGGAAACAACAACUGAUCAAUUGAGCACAACCGAAAGUUAUAAUGUUCCUGCAAUAUCUACAAAAUGUCCACAACUCAAUAAUUCUAUACUGUCCAUGGAGUUGGAAUCUUGUAAAAGUCUGUAUUUCCAAACUGACGAUGUGAAAAAACUUAAAUGUGACGGAAACAGAUUCGACGGAGAAUAUUUAAAAGGUAAGUUAACUUUUAUCAUAAUUCAUUUAAUGUCAUCCCCUCGGCAAUAUCGUGGUGAAUAGGUAGUAAU